GUAUGAGAUGCCAGUUUGUUGGCACAACUUUGGCAUGUGACAUGUUGGUGAUGGCAGCCUGGUUUAGGUUAAUAAUUGAUGCUGGUAAUUAAGAAGAGGGGCGGGGCCAGUUUUUAGAGGUGUCAUGUGGACGUCUGGUGUGUUUUCUUUUUUAUAGGUGGCUGCCAGCUCAGAUUUUCUUAGUUUUUAUUUCUAGGAAAAACGAUUUACGGCCCCUUCUGCUCUCUAUGCUGUGGACCGGCUGGGAGGGAGGCAGUGGUGACGCCUGGCAGUGCGCACAGAGAGAGGGGCUGACUUUCAGAGUAUGCAGGCAGGAAACAGCCAUUCAACAGAGCAGGGAUGUAUACACGGCGAAAUAUAAAGUAGUUAUCUCAAAGCAGAAGGGGGAGUGUCGCUGCCUGAAUCUCUAAUUCCAGGGGCCGCUGGACCAGGCUUUAGCGCAUGUAGAGAGAAGGAGGGAGGAGGAGGGAGGUGCAGGGGGCAGUGAGAGAGUACGUUUCACAGGAUCCGGGCCUAGUAGUAUUGCCGCUGGGACUCUCCUCAUCCGCUUUCACAAAAUUGGAAAUUGGCACAUUUAAUGGGCAAAAUGAGCGGGUUGAGGGUCAUGUUUGCGCUGAACGACAACAGAAUGGGAGGAACCAUGCCAGCAUGAGUGGGCCUCACCCAGGCCCUGGCAGGGAGACUCAUCAGUCCGGCUGCCCUUUGACCCCCGGGCGCGACCUCUCCGCCUCCAGACACCAUGACCACAGGAUCGGGUUAAACAUGUCUGCCUCCUCCCUCAAGCAUGCAUCCAUGUAUGGGUUUACAAAAACGGAGCACUCCUCCUCUUCCUCCUCUUCAUCCUACAGUCCUCUGAGGAGGCUGCAGCAUCUCACAUCCAUGGUGAGCCAGCCGGACCUGGUGCUGCCGGUGAGGGAGCCGGAAAGGAGCUGGGAGUGGGGGGGGAAUAAGAAGGAGAGGGGGAAGGAGAUGGAGACGGACUCCUGGGCUGACUGCACGAGCGGGGAUUAUUCUGGCAGCCAGAACACAAGCAGGGAGGAAAACUAUUGUGGCUCUUCCUCUGGACCAAAACAACCUGUGGUCCAGAGUAGAAGUCGAGACAUACCUGCAGCUCCUGACGUCUCGGAGAAAAAGACAGAAGGUCUGUUCUCAGGUCCGCCCAGCCCGGCCUUCUCUCUGGACAGCAACAGCCCCUUUGCUAACGGCUUCCUCCACUUUGAGUCCUCUUUGUUUGAGGAUGACGAUGAAGAGCAGGAGGCGGUGUCCCCUCUGGACGGAGGCUUGGAUAAACACGACAGGCCGGAGAAUCUUCUCCCAUCCACUCCUGGAAACGUGAAUUCAGACUCCAAGGAUGCUACCCUGUCCUCAGCCAAGGUGGUGACCCGGUCCCAGUCCUCGGGUCAGCGCCGGAGAUACUGGGACGGCUCGGAUGACGAGUGGGAGAGCGGCUCCGAGCUGCUCCUGCUGGACGAUAGUCCCACAAGGCAUUCAAUGCAGAACAGCCUCAAGAAAAAGGCUGUGCCAUCUCUGAAGUUCUUAGAGGGUGAAGUUAUUUGGGCAAAGUUAAACCGAAGACCAUGGUGGCCCUGCGAGGUGACCGUUGACCCCGCACAGGGAAUCUAUCACAAAGUGAAAGAGCCCAGUGACCGGCCCAGUCGGCUCUACCAUGUCAGGACCUUUGGGGAGCCUUUGGAGCUAACCUGGGUGGAGGAAAAAUCAACUCACAGUUUCCACGGAGGCUUUGAAUUCGAUCAGCUCCCCCUACUGCGCCGGAAAGGGAAGCAACGGGAGCAGAACUACAAAAACAUUAUUGCAAAGCGUUUACAGGACUCAUGGAAAUCCAGUGUGGCAGAAGCUGAAUUUGUUGUCCAAGCAAGACACCAAAUGUCUUCUUCCUUUCCUUCGUUCAUAGACGAUGACUUUCAAGACAGUUUCUCACCGGAGACAGAGCGCAAGGCCAAUCCAACUUUUACUCCCUCCACUUCACCGACCCUUCCUGAGACUUUCUACAUGACCAAUGGGUCCAUUUCACCCCCAAUUACAACUCCAGCAAAGCCAAGCACUUUAAAUAAAUCAUCUGGAAAGAAGCAACCAAGUAAAUCAUCAAAGGACAGUUGUAGUAAACACUCCAAAAAGUCAAAGAUAUUGCGUAAUAGUCCUGACCAAUCAGAGAGAGACAAUGGAGAGUGCCCAUAUUCUGACAUUGACUCUGUCCCUAAGAUUUUGUGUCCUAAAGCACUUGAACGUCAGUCUAAGAUUACUCCAACUCAGCCACUGGUCACAAUUGUUAAAGAAGUGAAGAAGCAGCCAGAGAUUCAAACUGGUCUUUGGUUCAGUAAAUCAGGCAAAGACAGACGACCUAAAACAACCAGUUCAAAGUCGGACCGCACUCUCUUCAGUAAGGUGCCCUGUAAGAAAAAAAACUCAUUUGCAGCAAGUAAAAAGUCAGUACUUCCUAGUUUCUCCACCUCCAGUGAGCAGCUGGGGUUUUCAGACAGGCAUAAGACUCCUGGUGAAACAAAACUGUCACCUGAACAGCCAGUACAUUUGAAGUGUAAAAACACUGUGAUUGCUAACAAGCCGUUUGUAACAACCAGCAGUACCCCUUACAAGUCAAGUUUGUCAGACAACCGUAAGACUCUGGAACCGGCUGAAUCAAAUCUGACAACUGAACAGUCACAACAUUUGAAGUGUAAAAACACAUUGGUGGCUAAUACGUCUUUGGGUACAACUGCGAGUCCCACAGAGCAUUCAUGGUUUUCAGAAAAGCAUAACACUCUGGUACCUGCUGAAACAAAUCUACAACAUAAACAGCCAGGACAUUUUAAGUGUUUUAACACAAAGGUUGCUAAUAGGCCUUUUAGUACAUAUGUCAGUACCAAUGACCUAUCAGGGUUGUCAGACAAGCAGAGCUCACUGGUCUUUGAUACGUUAGACGUGCCCUUUGAUAAGUGUAGAUAUUCAAAGGAUAGAAAGACAGACUGUGAUACAAUUGAACCUGUUACAGUCUUACCAUUGGAUCAAUUGGGUAGGUCACAUGUUAAAAAAAACAUAAAACCCAGCCCACUCAUUUUCAAUGAUCAAUCAAUGUUGAGUGUAAAGACAGUCAGUCAAACUCCACAUUCAGACACAAUUGCUAAUUAUAAGGUCCAUCCAAUCGACAGGAUUUCUGACCAAGCAGACGAAAAGCAUAGAAAAAAGUUGAGUGUAAAGAAAUUCAGCAAAACUCAACACUCAGACCCAAUAGCUAGUAAAACGGUCCAAGUAAUUGACAGGAUUUCUGACCAAUCAGAAGAAAAAGAAAGUGAGAAGUUGAAUGUAAAGACAUUCAGUGAAACUCAACAUUCAGAGACAACAGCUAGCAAAAAGGUCCAUGUAAUCGACAAGAUCUCUGACCAAUCAGAAGAAAAGCAAAGAAAAAAGUUGAGUGUAAAGAAAUACAGCAAAACUCAACACUCAGACCCAAUAGCUAGUAAAACGGUCCAAGUAAUUGACUGGAUUUCUGACCAAUCAGAAGAAAAAGAAAGUGAGAAGUUGAAUGUAAAGACAUUCAGUGAAACUCAACAUUCAGAGACAACAGCUAGCAAAAAGGUCCAUGUAAUCGACAAGAUCUCUAACCAAGCAGAAGAAAAGCAAAGAAAAAAGUUGAGUGUAAAGAAAUACAGCAAAACUCAACACUCAGACCCAAUAGCUAGUAAAACGGUCCAAGUAAUUGACUGGAUUUCUGACCAAUCAGAAGAAAAAGAAAGUGAGAAGUUGAAUGUAAAGAAAUACAGCAAAACUCAACACUCAGACCCAAUAGCUAGUAAAACGGUCCAAGUAAUUGACAGGAUUUCUGACCAAUCAGAAGAAAAAGAAAGUGAGAAGUUGAAUGUAAAGAAAUACAGCAAAACUCAACAGUCAGACCCAAUGGCUAGUAAAACAGUCCAUGAAAUUGACAGGAUUUGUGACCAAGCAAAGGCAAAAAGAGAUAAAAAGUUGAGUAAAAAAGAAGCCAAUCCAACUCAACAUUCAGAACCAAUGGUUGAAAAAAAGGUCCAUGAAAUUGACAGCAUUUCUGACCAAGCAGAAGAAAAAGAAAGUCAGAAGUUGAGUAAAAAAAAAGCCAAUCCAACUCAAUAUUCAGAUACGAUGGUCAAUAAAAAGGUCCAUGAAAUUGACAGCAUUUCUGACCAAGCAGCAGAACUAGAAAGUAAAAGGUUGAGUCAAAAAAGAGCACGUCUAACUCUACAUUCAGACACGGUGGUCAAUAAAAAGGUCCAUGAAAUUGACAGCAUUUCUGACCAAGCAGCAGAAAAAGAAAGUAAAAGGUUGAGUAAAAAAAGAGCACGUCUAACUCUACAUUCAGACACGGUGGUCAAUAAAAAGGUCCAUGAAAUUGACAGCAUUUCUGACCAAGCAGCAGAAAAAGAAAGUAAAAGGUUGAGUAAAAAAAGAGCACGUCUAACUCUACAUUCAGACACGGUGGUCAAUAAAAAGGUCCAUGAAAUUGACAGCAUUUCUGACCAAGCAGCAGAAAAAGAAAGUAAAAGGUUGAGUAAAAAAAGAGCCAGUCUAACUCAACAUUCAAACACAAUAGCUGAUCAAAACUACACUGUAGUUGACAGAAUGUCUGACCAAUCAGAAGAAAAGGAAAGUAAAACGUUUAGUGUAAAGACAGUCAGACAAAAUCCACAUUCAGACAUGUUGGCUACUAAAAAUAUCCAUGCAAUUGACAGGGUUUCUGACCAAAGAGAAGAUAAACAAAUACAAAAGUUAAGUGUAAAGAGCUUCAGUCGAACUAAACAUUCAGACAGAAUGUCUGAUGAAAUAGUCCACGUAGUUGAAAGAAUGUCUGACCGAUCAGAAGAAAUAAAAAUUAAGAAGUUGAGUGCAAAACGAGUCAGUCAUACUCAACGUUCAGACUUGGUGGCUAGUCAAGAGGUCCAAGCAAUUGACAGAGGCUCUGACCAAUCAGAAGAAAAGAAAAAAAAAAGUAUUGUAAAGAGAGUUAGUCAAACGGAAGAUUCAGACACACUGGCUCAUAAAAAGGUCCAAGUAAUCAACAGGGUUUCUGACCAAGCAGAAAAGAAAGAAAGAAAGCAGUCGAGUGUAAAGCGAGUUUGUCAAACUGACGAUUCAGACUCAAAGACUGAUAAAAAGGUCCAAGUAAUCGACAGGGUUUCUGACCAAGCAGAAAAGAAAGAAAGAAAGCAGUCGAGUGUAAAGAGAGUUUGUCAAACUGACGAUUCAGACACAAAGACUGAUAAAAAGGUCCAAGUAAUCGACAGGGUUUCGGACCAAGCAGAAGGAAAGGAGGGUAAAAAGUUGAGUGCAACGAGAAUCAGUCAUUCCCAACAUUCAGACUUGGUGGCUAAUAAAAAGGUCCAAGCAAUUGACAGGGUUUCUGACCAAGCAGAAGGAAAGGAGGGUAAAAAGUUGAGUGCAACGAGAAUCAGUCAUUCCCAACAUUCAGACUUGGUGGCUAAUAAAAAGGUCCAAGCAAUUGACAGGGUUUCUGACCAAGCAGAAGAAAAAGAAAGAAAGAAGUUGAUUGUUAAGACAGUUAGUCAAACUGACGAUUCAGACACAAAGACUGAUAAAAAGGUCCAAGUAAUCGACAGGGUUUCGGACCAAGCAGAAGGAAAGGAGGUUAAAAAGUUGAGUGCUAAGAAGAUCAUUCAUACUCAACAUUCAGAGACAGUGGCUAAUAACAAGGUCCAAGUAAUCGAAAGGGUUUCUGACAUGGCAGAAGAAAAUACUUCAUCAGCCAGGUUAAAUGUCGAUGCUUUUGACCCAGUAGCAAGGCUAGAAAUGCAAACAAGUCUGCUCUCCAAGUGUAGGCUACCUUUUGUCAAAUUAAUACGCAAGGACAUGAAGGGUAAGAAGUUCCUUAAUUCCACUGUGACCCUUAAUCCCAAUGACCAACCUGGAUGUACAAAGAAUGAAAUACCAGAUGCUGAAGUACCUGAAAUGUCCUCUAAACAAUCAGAUUGGGUGAACGGCAAGGCAAGUAUCUCCAUUGAUCGUGCAGUCAGUUCAGAAUCCAUAAAGAUCUCAGUUAAGAAGGUAAAAGCAAGUGGUGGGACAGGUGUCCUCCGUCUCUCGUCAGAAUCAUUACCAGAUAAACCUAUUAUUACAUCCAAAGUGGCAAAUGUGCUUGAUGAGUUGGGUAGUCAAGAAUCGGAAAGGGUAUCAGUUUUAAAUGUAAGCAACAUGACUUACUCAUUGUCAAACCAAUCAGAAGGUAGGAAGACUCUUGCAUCCAAUGAAUCAAGCAUGACCACAGACCAGUUAGGCAACUCAGAACAAAAAAUGACCUCUGCCAAUAGUACAGCUUUUGAUAAAACUCCAUCUUCUAUAAAAGCCAAGAAAGUUGUCUCCAAAUUAAAGCUGGUUUCAGAUGAAGUCAAUAGAAUCGUACUCCUUGAGCAGCCUACACACCUCCCAGCGAGCGGUCGGUUGAUGACUCGAGCCCUGAAGGCCAUGCAGGAGGUGGAAGAAAGAAAGCGAGAAAAAGUCAGAAAGAAGGCAGAGCAGACAGAACUCUUAAAUCCAUACAAAACAACUGAGAAUGUCGCAUGCAACUCUGCAUCUAACUCCAAACUGGACUUUUGCACUGAAAUUAAAACUCGUACUGACAAUGAUUGUGAUCAGGACACUUCUAGCUGUAGCACUUCUCCUUUGACACGUCCUGAUUCAGCUGACUUUGAUGUGAAGAGUGAAGAUGAAGAUCUCUCAAUAUCCUCAACUCCUCCAAUGGACUUCAUACCCCUUACCUCUAGGGUAAAGGCAAAGAAUGAAGAUCAAUCCUCUGACAUGCAGCACUCGUCGUCUGCACCUUCCUCACCAUUUUCUUUUAUCAAUUCCUUUAAAAACGUUGAGGAGUUAUCCUUCCAGUCCCUGACAAAUGAGGGUGAAGGUAAACCCAUCUCUUUCAAAGCAGACACAAGCUACAAGUUCAGCACUUUUCUCAUGAUGUUGAAGGACUUGCAUGACACUAGAGAGCGAGAGGGGACCCCUUUAGAGCUUGAAAUUGGGCCACCAAGUGCACAUGUGAAGGAGGAACCUUUAGUGAUGCCUGGGGAGGCUACAUCCGCAGGCCAAGAUCCACAAAUUAAACAGGUUAACAAUGAUUCAAAUUCAAGUCCAGACAAAGUUGAAAACAAACACAAUGAGGAGAGCACAAGUCAGACAUCCAAGAGGCCCUAUAAAAGAAGAAUCAGCUCAACUAUGGUAAAAAAGAAAGCCAACCGUGAGGUGCCUUGUCGUCCCGCCAGGUCUGGCCCUGGUUUCCCAGGACUGGAGUCAUUGCCAACCACAGACUCUUCAUCAGGACUCGAUUGCUCGUCAAGAGACAAGUCACUGUUUGGCAUAGAGACCAGCAGCUGGGAGAGGCACGCUGGAGGAGCUGAAGGAGUAGUUGGGGAGGAGGAUGAUAUGUGGAGUAGAGUAAAUGAGAAUCUACAGAACAUGGUGCCUUUGGAGCAGAGGGGAUGUGAUACUACGCUGUGUCUGGAACAGCCAAAUGGCCUCGUUGCAGAUGGUACUGAGACGACCACGAGCUUCAUGCGCGACACUGGAGGAAGUGACAAGGCUCCAAAAGCACACAAACGAAUAAGAAAACCAAGCAAGAGACUGAUUGAAUGGACUGAAGAGUAUGAUCAGAUUUUCUCCACCAGGAAGAAAAUCAAAAAGCCUCUCCAGUUGAUUGGAAAGGAAACUCAACCCGUUAUGUCCGAACACCCGGGAUCUGACAGCAGCUCACAGGACGACCACCCCUCCUUGAAUUUGCCUCCUGAGAUACAGACGCCACCUCCUGAGGAAAUUCCUACAACAACACCGUCUGAACUACAAAUUCCCAACACUGAAAACACAUCUUCCCAAGAUGCACCUGUACUUUCCAUCGACACACUAACCCCUCCUCCUGAAACUGACCAUUUGCUGACAGAAGGCCUCGUCAAAGGCAAUGGAAGCGCUCCUGUGCUGGAGAGGAAGCGGAAGAGGAAACCCACUCAGAAGAUCCUGGAGUACUGUAUGGAGGCAGAGGCCUCAACGGGCCCCAAGAAAAAGGUCAAAACACUGAAGAACAAUUCAAAUCCUGCUCCUCAGACAGAUGCUGGACCGCCAUCUUUAAAAUCAAAGAGUCGGCAGCCCACAGCCUCCAGCUCAACAGAGGUUUCCUCCAGCUCCACCACAGACCCUCCUCCCAAAUCUCCUGCCCCCUCCCCUCCAGCACCUCCGUCACCUGAACCCACGCUGGAGGAAACACCAUCAGCAGACAUUGAUGCUCCUCAAGCCGAGGACAAGAAGGAGGCGACAGAAUCAGAGGCUGAGCCGUCCUGCUUGGAUCACAGGUUCUCCUCCAUGAAUGACGACUUGUCGCUGUGUGACGAUCCUCUGUCACCCUCAAGGAAGAUCAUAGGGGACCGAGGGGGUCCUGCAUCCUUAAAGGAGAACAUAUGUCAGGUGUGUGAGAAGACGGGGGAGCUGCUGCUGUGUGAGGGUCAGUGCUGUGGAGCCUUCCACCUGGCCUGCAUCUCUCUGGCUCAGGCGCCCAAAGGGAAGUUUGUCUGUCCAGAGUGCAAAUCAGGAGUCCACACCUGCUUUGUGUGCAAAAAGCGCAGUGCUGACGUGCGGCGAUGUAUGAUUCCUGUGUGCGGGAAGUUUUAUCACGGAGAGUGUAUCGCCAACUUCGCCCCGACCGUACCUGUGAACCGAGGUUUCCGCUGCUCCAUCCACGUCUGUCUCACCUGCUUCAUCACCAACCCCAACAGCCCCUCCGUCUCCAAAGGUCGUCUGGUUCGCUGCGUGCGAUGCCCAGUAGCCUAUCAUGCGACAGACCUGUGCAUGGCCGCCGGCACCGUCGUCCUCUCCAACAACAGCAUCAUCUGUCCCAACCACUUCACCCCCCGCCGCGGAGUCAAGAACCACGAGCACGUCAACGUCAGCUGGUGCUUCGUCUGCACCGAAGGAGGCAGUCUGCUGUGCUGCGAGUCCUGUCCCGCUGCGUUUCACCGCGAGUGUCUGAACAUGGAGAUGCCUAAAGGAAGCUGGUUCUGCAACGACUGCAAGGCCGGGAAGAAACCUCACUACAAGGACAUCCUCUGGGUGAAGGUCGGCCGCUACAGGUGGUGGCCAGCGGAGGUCAGCCAUCCCAAAUCGAUCCCAGAGAACAUCCUGCGCAUGAGGCACGACGUCGGGGAGUUUCCGGUCCACUUCUUCGGCUCCAACGACUACCUGUGGACCUAUCAGGCGCGCGUCUUCCCGUACAUGGACGUGGACGCCAACAGCAGAGAGAAGAUGGGGAAAGGAGUGGACGCCACCUACAGGAAAGCUUUGGAGGAGGCGGCUGUUCGGUUUCGGGAGCUGCAGGCAGAGAAGGAGCUCCGGCAGCUGCAGGAGGACAGGAAGAACGACAGGAAGCCUCCGCCGUACAAACACAUCAAGGUGAACCGACCAAUAGGAAAGGUUCAGAUCUUCACGGCCGACCUAUCAGAGAUCCCGCGCUGUAACUGCAAGGCGUCAGACGAGAGUCCGUGUGGGAUGGACUCUGAGUGCAUCAACCGCAUGCUGCUCUACGAGUGUCACCCUCAGGUUUGCCCGGCGGGGGAGCGCUGCCUGAAUCAGGCGUUCAGCAAGCGUCAGUAUAGCCAGGUGGAGAUCUUCAGGACGCUGUCCCGAGGGUGGGGGCUGCGCUGCGUCCACGACAUCAAGAAGGGUCACUUUGUGAGUGAGUACGUCGGGGAGGUGAUCGACGAGGAGGAGUGCCGGUCCAGGAUCAGACAGGCUCAGGAGACCGACAUCUGUAACUUCUACAUGCUGACUCUGGACAAGGAUCGAAUCAUCGACGCCGGUCCGAAGGGGAACGAGGCUCGCUUCAUGAACCACUGCUGUCAGCCCAACUGUGAGACGCAGAAGUGGACGGUGAGCGGAGACACCAGGGUGGGUCUGUUCGCUCUCAUCGACGUCGCUGCAGGCACAGAGCUCACCUUCAACUACAACCUGGAGUGUUUGGGGAACGGGAAGACAGUCUGUAAAUGUGGAGCUCCGAACUGCAGCGGCUUCCUGGGGGUCAGGCCAAAGAACAACCCUCCAUCUGACGAUAAAGGGCGUAAGAUGAAGAGGAGGGGUAAGAGGAAGAAGGUGCUGGUGACCAAAGAGCGGGAGGACGAGUGUUUCAGCUGCGGAGACGGAGGACAGAUGGUCUCCUGUAAGAGGCCCGGCUGCCCCAAGGUUUACCACGCAGACUGCCUGAACCUCACCAAGAGGCCUGCAGGUCGCUGGGAGUGUCCGUGGCAUCAGUGUGAUGUCUGCUGUACGGAGGCUUCCUCUUUCUGCGAGAUGUGCCCCAGCUCGUUCUGCAAACUGCACCGCGACGGCCUGCUCUUCAUCUCCAAGCUGGACGGGAAGCUGUGCUGCAGCGAGCACGACCCCUGUGGUCCGGACCCCCUGGAGCCGGGGGAGAUCAGAGAGUACAGCACCCCUCCCAGAGCCCUGACCUCGGGGCUGGGCAUGGCCGUCAUCCCCUCCUCUGGCCCAAACACCUCCGGGACCACCGGACAGAACCAGAACUCCAGGAAGGUGCGAGAGGUCGUCGAUGCUGAGACACUUCCUGCUUUCUCCAUUCCGGUUGCCAUCACUAUCCCCGUCCCCCCCGGCUCCUCGUCUCCUCCCAGCAGCCCUCCAGUGUACGACCUCCCUCACUACUCGCCCAUAUCCUCGUAUGAAGAAGAGAGAGACGUAGAAGAGGAAGAGGAAGAGGAGGAGCUUCUGGAUGAAGUGGAGGAGGAGUCGGAGGAGGAGUCGGAGGAGGAAGAAGAAGGUGAGGACACGAGCCAGAAAUCAGAUCCUCAUGAAGAGGAUGGAGAGGCAGUGAUGGAGUACGUGGAGAUCAAAGAUGAUGAAGAAGAGGAGGAGGAUGAGGAGGAGGAUGAGGAGGAGGGGGAGGAGGAAGAGGAGGGGGAGGAGGGGGAGGAGGAGGGGGAGGAGGAGGGGGAGGAGGAAGAGGAGUGACGCAUGUUGGAUUAUUAUAUCUGCAGCGAGAGCCCUCAGCAAAUGAAGAUUUCCCGACCACACGUAGCCCGGUCUGUCACUGUUUGUAUCUGAUGAGCUCGUGGACAUAUGGAGGAACAUUUUAGGACAAUAAUAAUAAAUCAACACAUAAAAUAAAUAAGAAUAAAAUACUGUACAGAACCAUAUUUAUACACAGCAGAUAUUAUUUAUUUAGUUUUGUCCUCACAAUCCUAACACUCUUGACGCAGUGACUUUGCACACACUGGCGCAGACUGCACCUUCAAACUCGAGAUCUGACAAAGAAAAUCAUCUGGGACUUCUCCAUGAAAAUGACUUUGUAAACAUAUUUCUCACCGAUUUCUCCUGCCGGUUUGUUUUAGUAUUUGCAGUAUUGCAAGAAGCUUCAUGUAGUUGAAGAGAGUUGUUGUAUCUGCAGAGUGUACUGUAGGUGUUUCGUGCUAGAAAAGACUGCAUCUUCAGUCCAUGUUAUUAACCUUGACUUGGUUGCAUUUGAAUCAAAUGGUGACCACGUGUUUGAAAGACCCAGAAACACAUUACAUGUUCUCUUAAUAACUCAAUGAUCUGCUAUCAGCACAGCUUCAACUGGCCUAAGAAUUAAUUCCUUGGGAGUUUUAAAAUAUCAGUUUAACUACAGUAUGUAUAAUAAGAUUUUACUCGACCCAGGCUUCCAUUUUACUCCCCUGCGUAUUUCCUACGGUGCUUCACAGUCAGACGAUCUACGAUAAUAUGUGAAAGUGCCACAUGAUGGGCUGCCUGGUGUAGCUUCAAGAUGAAAUCCACGACGCGAACAAGAGGCUUUUUGUUGGUUUUAGACCGAAGCUGGCAACAUUUGACCAUUUCAUGCCAAAAAAACUGCUGAGGAUUCAGUGUGACUGAGAAUAGUCCUCGUGCUUCAGAGAAAGUGUUUAUAAACCGUCACAGGACGCUAAAGCUGUCUCGUAGGUUAAUUAGCUGCUCUACAAGGAGACAUAGCAGAGAUAGCACUAUGUGUGUAUGCUGUGCUCUGUAGUAAUUAUUUAUGAACUGUUCUGUGAUGAAGAUGAGGAGAUCCAUCAAGGGGAAUCAAAGGUCUUCAACGGGAUGUUCAAACAGACUCCCACCAUGACGCUUGCACUUGUUUUUUUGCCAAUGCGUGUUUUCGCUCUGUCUUCAAGCUUAAUAUGGUCUGUGUGUUAUCUGCCAAUGCCUUAGUGUAUUUCUUUGGAGAUAUUUUGAAGGAAUGGUUUCCCUACUUAUGCCUUUUUACAGUUUCCCGAAAGCAAUGUUUCAUUCCUGUGUAAUUAUGAUCUCAACCAUUGACCUGUUAAAUCGACUGCUAUAUAUAUAUAAAUAUAUAUGGAAAAGAAAAUAUGAAAUAA